AUGCAACCAUAUAUGGAAGAAACAGCUGAUAGCCUCGACAACACUCAUAGCUUCGCCUCGUCCAUCACGACCAAUGCCUCGUCCGCCUCGACCGUUGUGCCGAGCAUGCAUCAUGCAACACUUGAUGACUUCACCGUCAUUCAGAAGCUUGGGAGUGGUGACAUAGGCACUGUGUAUCUUGUGGAGGUUAAAGGGUCUAAAGGGUGCAUGUUUGCAGCCAAGGUUAUGGACAAAGAGGAGUUGGCAUAUAGGAAUAAGGAGAGUAGGGCAGGGAUAGAGAGGGAAAUACUUGAAAUGUUGGACCAUCCAUUUUUGCCCUCACUCUAUACAAUAUUGGAUUGUCCUAGGCGGUCUUGUUUGUUGACCGAGUAUUGUCCCGGCGGUGACCUUCACGUUCUCCGGCAACGACAGCCUGGAAAAAGGUUUGAUGAAGCUGCCGUCCGGUUCUAUGCAUCUGAAGUGUUGGCUGCUCUAGAAUAUCUACACAUGUUGGGGAUAAUUUACCGUGAUUUGAAGCCCGAAAACAUUUUAGUAAGGUCAGAUGGUCAUAUAAUGUUGACAGACUUUGAUCUCUCGUUGAAGUGUGAUAACUCUACGGCAACGGCAAAACUUAUAUAUGACCAUCCCCCAUCUAAAACUUAUCAGCCACGUCAUCAAAGAACGGAUCAAUCAAUUCGAUUCUCAAUGAAAUCACGCAUUCUACCAAGUUGCAUCGUGCCACGGAAUUCCUGCUUUUGUGGAAGGAAGAAGAGGUCAGGAUACAAUGGAAACCUAAAGAUAGUAGCAGAGCCCAUUGAUGCUCGAUCAAUGUCCUUCGUAGGGACCCAUGAGUACUUGGCCCCAGAAAUUGUGACAGGAGAAGGUCACGGCAAUGCAGUGGAUUGGUGGACGUUAGGGAUCUUUAUAUACGAACUUCUAUAUGGUAUGACACCUUUUAAAGGGGCUGACAACGAGUUCACCCUAGCUAACAUUGUGGCUCGGGGGCUCGAAUACCCCAAGGAGCCAGUGGUAGCACCCUCAGCUAAGGAUUUGAUAAGCCAACUCUUGAACAAGGAUCCCACCAGGAGAAUGGGAUCUAUGAUGGGAGCUGUAGCAAUCAAGAACCACCCCUUCUUUCAUGGGGUGAAUUGGGCACUUUUGAGACGUACAAAACCUCCAUAUAUUCCCCAACCCUUCAAUUUUAGGGAUAUUGUUUCAUCUAUUGAUAAUUGCGAUGUUAAUGUAGAAUAUUAUUAG